UACCAGAUGAUUGAUUAGAGAUAUUCUUCUCUCUUCCAUUUUUCCCCUUUCGAAUUUUGCAUUUCCGUCGGCUCAUCAUCCUUUUCGUGUGCUUCACAACUUCAUCUCUCUCGCGUCACCAAUUCAAAACCCUCUACGCAAAGUUUCAGUUUUUAUUUAAGUUUCUUACAUACCCAUCAAACCCAUUGAUUAUGUUAAUCAAUUGCUAAUACCUUUCUCCGACUUCUUCUUCUUCUUCGAAAUCCGCCAUGGCCGCGGCUUUAAGGUCGAAUACGUCAAGAGAAACCGCUUCUCUCACACUUUCUCAGUUUAGAUACUUCUUCUUCAACCGUAUCCACACCGCUCGAACCGCCACGAGUCCUCAGUGCAAUCACCGUUCUAAAUCCCCCAAUAAAAUUUCCUCGCUUGGGACGAGUUUCUUGGAUAAUCGAGGAGGAGAGAGACGUAAUUCGACUAACUGUUAUGCUUCACAGAAGCUCAACGGUGUUGGUUCUUCUGUUGUUAUGCUGAGCUCACAAGGAGACCCACCGGAUCUAUGGCAGCCACCGGGUGAUGGAGUUUCCGUUAGGGUUAAUGGGUCCAGUGUUAAUCUGGGUCGUGGUGGUGGUGGCGGUGGAAGUAGUCCUGGUGGUCCUGGUAACGGAACUGGGUCGAAUUCGAAAGAAGAUUGUUGGGGUGGAUCCAAUCUUGGGUCUGAUUUUCCGACACCAAAGGAGAUAUGUAAAGGUUUGAACAAGUUCGUGAUUGGUCAAGAGAGAGCCAAAAAGGUACUUUCAGUUGCAGUUUACAAUCACUACAAGAGGAUAUAUCACGAAUCAUCACAGAAACGGUCUGCGGGAGAAACCGAUAGCACUGCAGUGAAACCAGCAGAUGAUGAUAUGGUAGAACUAGAGAAGAGUAACAUUCUCCUGAUGGGACCAACUGGGUCAGGGAAGACACUACUUGCGAAAACCUUGGCACGGUUUGUGAAUGUUCCUUUUGUCAUUGCGGAUGCAACCACACUGACUCAGGCUGGUUAUGUGGGAGAGGACGUCGAGUCUAUAUUAUACAAACUUCUCACAGUUGCAGAUUAUAAUGUUGCAGCUGCACAGCAGGGGAUUGUUUACAUUGAUGAAGUCGACAAGAUAACAAAGAAGGCAGAAAGCCUUAACAUCAGCAGAGAUGUAUCAGGAGAAGGUGUUCAACAGGCAUUGCUAAAAAUGCUGGAAGGAACAAUUGUAAAUGUACCUGAAAAGGGCGCUAGGAAACACCCUAGAGGUGACAAUAUCCAGAUAGACACAAAGGACAUACUCUUCAUAUGUGGUGGUGCUUUUGUAGACAUUGAAAAGACUAUCUCAGAGAGGCGCCAUGAUUCUUCAAUAGGGUUUGGUGCUCCUGUACGUGCUAACAUGAGGGCUGGUGGUGUUACAAACGCCGCUGUUGCAUCAAACCUAAUGGAAACUGUGGAAAGCAGUGACCUGAUUGCUUAUGGUUUAAUACCUGAAUUUGUUGGAAGAUUUCCAGUUCUCGUCAGUUUGUCUGCUUUGACUGAGAACCAACUUAUGCAGGUGUUGACAGAACCCAAGAACGCUCUUGGAAAGCAAUACAAAAAGAUGUACCAGAUGAAUAGUGUAAAGCUGCAUUUCACGGAAAGCGCACUGCGGCUUAUAGCUAGAAAAGCAAUAACGAAAAACACGGGUGCUCGUGGCUUAAGAUCUCUUCUAGAAAGCAUCCUCAUGGACUCUAUGUACGAGAUUCCGGAUGAGAGUACAGGGAGCGAUAUGAUAGAGGCGGUUGUGGUGGAUGAAGAAGCAGUUGAAGGAGAAGGGCGUAGAGGCUCUGGAGCUAAGAUUCUCCGUGGCAAAGGAGCAUUGGGUCGGUAUCUCUCUGAAACCAAAUCCAAGGAUUCCCCACAGACGACAAAGGACGGAUCAGAUGGAGAAACGGAGGUGGAGGCGGAGAUUCCAUCUGUUGUUGCAAGUAUGUAAUAAUGAUCACCAUCAUCAUCAUCCAGAACAUCUGGUGAAUGUAUCUUUGUAUGCAUAAUUUACCGUUCUUUGUACAUAAUGAAGGAAAGAAAAACAAACUUGGAUAAGAAAACACAAGGAUGCACAAUUUGCACAUUGAUAAAUGAUGAUGUAACUUUUAUCUUAUGCAAUGUCUCAUCUUUUCAUU